UAACACCCUUCCUUCGCUCCAAACUUGACUUGCCUUGCACACCACACCCACAAGUUCAGCUCCCAAACGUCUCAGUUUCGGCGAACCCUCUGUUUUCAUUCUCCAUCCCAAGCGCUCCAUAUCGGAGGGCAUCAAGCCGAACAACGGGCCGAGAAUCUCAUCUCGAUCUAGUGCAGUUUUGCCCCGCACACAUCGUCAACCAUAGCGAGCCACGAGGCUUUGUCUAUGCGAGUCCCGACAACGGAUUCACCCUAGACAUGAAUGGUUUCAUGUACAAGAAUGGUUGAAAGAGACGAGCUCGAGUCACUCUUAGAGACGGGAUCCUGGAGGACCUCGCGUUCCCGGAGUCCCCGUCCUUACGAUUCACAAAGUAGAGAGUACGACACCUCAAAGACCAGAGUCAGUAUUCCCAGGGUAGCGGAGCUGCCAUCGCGCACCAAGAAGCCACCGGCAGCAUAUGUCGAAGAUGAGGAGGAGUCGCUGGCAAAGGAGUACGGCUCGGUCGUGUCGGCUACCCCCGACGAGGAACCCAAGCACCGCGGCGACAUAGACCAGACGCCAAUACUGCAGUUGGUGCACGAGUACAACCCGGAGCGCCGAUUCGUGAUCAUCCCGGGCGCUGCUGUGGAGGAUGCCCCAAAGACCACACAGGCCAGAUAUGAAGCCAACACUUGCCGUAAAUACGUGGUAGUGUCCUCCGACAAGGGCACCGGCAACGGAGAGAGCGAGAAAAGAGACAGUCAGAGACAGCGACGGCCCAAAGAGGAGUCGCCGGGAUCGGAAGAAGAACCUGGUCGACAGAAGGCAAGGCCCGAUAUCCCGAAGCGGAAGAGCCAUCAGGAUCUGCCGAGGCUCAACACCGACUUUGACCACGAAGAGCCACCGCUCCGCCGGUCAAGCAGCCGGCGGGACCGGGAUCGGCCACUAGUGCACCAAGACCCUCGAGAGUAUCAAGACCCUCGAGAGUAUUCUUCGUCCCGCGACAGACCCAGCGCGAGACCGUCGGACGGCGACUUCCUUUCUCCUGCUGCUGUUCAGAGCACUAACAGGGGACGCUAUCGUGUCUACUCGGAUGUCCGAUCUGACGCUGGAUCGGGAUCCGGCCGUAGCCCCUCAGCCAGGAGAGAGGCCGAGGUUGAGAUGCCGGAGAGGCGGCGGCCGCACCGUUCAUCCCGGUAUCUGGCAAGCCCUGCCACUCAUCGACGGGCCUCUUCCACAACAAACAUGCGAAAUCGAGACGGCUCACCUGUCGAGAGGCCGAAGACACUAAUCCAACCCUACGGCUAUGGCGACCCCGGUGAGAUUCUCGCCUUCAUGUCACCGGGAGAUGAUUUCAUGACGGGAAGGCCCGGUAGGGACCUGUCUCCGCCAAGGAGGCCCAGGACCAGCAACUCUCCACCACCUCACCCUCGGGGUGCCAGAGAUAUGCCUGGUGCGUCACCGAGUCGCCGGCGCCAGCCUCGAUCCACGAACCGAGACCGCGACGGAUACUCGAGCGAUGAUAGCUAUAAGGAGCGGCGUUCGAACCGUGCCGAGCGUCCUUACCCGACGCGGUCUGCGCCAGAGCCAGAACACACGUCGACCAUCUCGCCAGACCAAGCGCGGCGUCAGAAUCCCAGGCUUGGUGCGGUUCCGCCUCUAGCUGCACCACUCCCGGAUGAAGUACCCCAAAAGAGUCCUCGAAGUGCAACGUUUCCGACCGAUAAGAGUGAGCGGUUUGGUGAGCGCUCCAUGUCACCAUCUUCAGCCGCGAGCGCCUCUCCGUCCCGGCGGCAGGGUCAGAGCAACAGGUUGUCGCACCCAGGAACGCAAUCUCGGGAUGCGAGCGUCGGCUCAGGGUCUAACGGGUCUGCCUCGCUGCCGCCGACGGCGCCGGGCUCACUCCCUCGCGCUGCUACCCUGGAUAGACCGCCAGCAGGGCCGGUAGUCAAUUUGAUGCGGCAAGAGUCCUCAGAUGCCCAGUCGCCAACGCUAUAUUGGCAUUCCGACCGUCGCAUUGAGCACGACGCUGGAUAUGGAGACGAUGACGACUCGACAAGCCACGCUCUCGCCCAACUUCCCGACUGCCCGUGGAAGUAUCCCACCGCGGUUCGGAGCAGGGCGGGAAGCGACCAGUUCCUGACCCUUAAGAGGGCCGAGAACUUCAGAAUCUGUCGUGAGUGCUACCGGGCGCUGUUCGCCAACACCGAGUUUCAACACAUGUUCGUCGCGGCUCCUAUCCGCUCCGGGGAUCAGAUGCUGUCGUGCGAUUUUGGCGCUUCUCCCUGGUACCGCAUCGCGUACCUCAUGACGCUAAAACACGGCUAUCCGGACCUGCGUCUAUUGCAAGGGAUAGCAUCCGUCGCAGCGCGAUCGCAGGCCUGUGCGGGGAGCCAAGUCGCGUCGCGCGUCUGGUACAGCAUGAUGGCGCCAAACUCGAGGCGCCCGAUUUCUACGUUCAACGUCUGCCUCGGAUGUGCCAAGAUGAUCGAGGUUCUCCUGCCAAACCUUGCGGGUGUCUUUGUGCCCCUCGAUUCGCACGAGGUGACGCGCGGGGUCUGCGAGCUCUACUUUGCGCCGGACAGGAAGCGUUUCUUUGAUUACUUUGAGGAGAUGAAGACAACGUCGGAUAAGGCUCUUGCUCGCAGGACCGCCCCCGACGUUGUCGAGCUUGUUGACCGCAUCCGGGAGAUAUCGAUCCAUGAUGAGUGCUUGCGCAACACUCCGAUCCCCAACCGAAGAUGGCACGUCCUUCAGCGCGUGCCCGAGUUCACGGUGUGCGAAGAGUGCUUCAAUACCGUCGUCUGGCCAAUGAUCGAAGACGCGGACAACGGCAGCGAGGUGCCGCGGAAUUUUUACAAGUACAAGCAACCGAAGCCCGUCGCGUCGUGUCAGCUGUACAGUGAUCGAAUGCGGCGGGUCUUCUUAGAGGCGUGCAAAUACGACGACUUUGAGUUCCUGGCCAGCUGCGUCCUCCACAGACUGCAGGCUCUAUCUGAUAUCAGGGCGAGGUACAACGAAUUGCAGAGGGAGGGCCAGGACGAUCCGGCGGUGCAGGAUGAGCUUGCAGCGCUGGCAAGGCAGUUCAAGGAGGUUGAGUAGCACUUGAUUAUGGGGAAGUAUCCAGACCGAUUUGAUAUGUCCCGAAGGAACGUUGGGAUAAGGCCGAGGAAGGGGGAGGGAAGGUAUUAGGGAGGGCCAAGGGU